AUGCCCGGGACGAUCUGGAUCGACGACGAGGAAGCUCUUGUCUUCGACUUCGAGGCCGCGCUGCCCGCGCUGCUCGCCGCGGCCUCGACGGCGCUGCCGCAGGACGAAGAUGCGAAGAAGGACUUCAAGCGAGGUACGGUCGUCUGCCGGCAUUGGCUGCGCGGUCUCUGCAUGAAGGGCGACAACUGCGAGUUCCUGCAUCAGUACGAUAUGUCCAAGAUGCCCGAGUGCCGAUGGGGCAUGGAGUGCCAAGUGCCCGAAUGUCCCUUCCGCCACGUGCCCGACGAGGACCGCAUGGAGUGCGCGUUCUACAAGCAGGGCUUUUGCUCCCAUGGCAGCGCGUGUCGGUACCGCCACGUCAAGCUGCCGCGCGACGAGUGCCCCGUCAUCGCCGACUUUGGCCUCCAGAGCAAGGCCGCCGAAGAAGAGAGCGCCAAGCGCCGCAAGACACAGCCUGUGAACGAGUUCUUCAAGAUUGCGAUCUGCAAGCACUGGGAAAAGCAGGGCACGUGUCCGUUUGGCGACGAGUGCCAUUUCGCCCACGGCGAGAAGGAGCUUCGGCCGUUCCCCAAGGACGCCGGAAAGGGCGACAACCACCAUGGCGGCGGCGACCGCGGCCCGAGCGACCGCGGCGGCGACCGCGGCCACCACAGCAGCGGGCCCUCGCACAAGGCGCCGGAAGUGCACGCGCCCAUGCUGCCGGACGACACGGGUCGCUCGGCGUACUUCUACCUGCGAUCGGCCAGCUACCAGAACGUCGCGCAGUCGAUGCACCACAACCAGUGGGCCGUGUCGCUGCCCGUGCUCAAGGCGAUCACGGACGCGUCCAUGGCGUUCGACAACGUGUUUGUGUUUUUGACGGUGAGCCCGAGUUUGCACAUCCAGUGCGUCGCCCGCGUCAUGCAGCUGCCGCCCGCGCCGGCCGACGAGGCGUCAGCGACGCCGCUCGACGCUACCACGCUGCCGCACAGCGAGUGGCGCCAUGCGAUCGGCGUGCAGUGGCUCCGGACGGCCGAGAUCCCGUACGAGACGGCCGAUACGAUCCCAACGACGACCGAGACACCGCUCUCCAAGACACCGAACGGCGCGACGCUCGUCAAGGAAUGCGGCCAUGGACUCAUGCACAAGCUCUUCUUCCACCCGAUGAUCCGGCUGCACCUAAAGUCGGUCGAAGACGAGAUGAAGCUGCCGGGCGGCGCCCUCGAGCUCGCGACGCGCCGCCGCAUGGCGGCCGAGUCGGUCGCCGGCUUUGUCGACCCGUCGAUUCCGCUGGCGCCGCCCGCGCACCGGUGGCAGGUCAACCUCCCGGGCUUUGUCUUUGCGUGCAACGGCACGACGAUCGACGAGGUGUUUGGGCGCAUGCUCUUCGGGCUCGCCAAAGACCAUGAGCAAGUGGCGGCGAAAAACGUGCGCCCCGGGGCACCGCUCUUCUUGAUCAACAUGUCGGACCGCCACGUGCUCGGGAUGUUUGAAGCCGUGACGCCGAUCGUGCCCAACAUGGUGCCCAACGCGUUCGCGCACAGCCCGAACGUUCCGUCACCGUUCCCGAUCCAAGUCCGGUUCCAGGUCGUCUUGAACGCUCCGCCGGUGCUCAACGACCACCUCAAGAGCGUGCCGGGCCUCGAGCGCGGGAUUCGCAUCGGGCCGCUCACGCUCGCGGCCACGCAAGCCCUCGCCAACGUCUUUGCCGAGCGCUGCGGCGCGACCAACCUCGGGCCCAACGGCGAGCUGCUCACGCCCGUCGAUCCGUCGACGGCGACAAGCGCGACCUCGGCGCCGACGACGGCUCCACCGACCAUGACAACCUCUGCACCGACGACGACGACGACGACGACAACGACGGCAACCGGCGAGCUCUUGGAGAAGAUUCCAGUGGGGAUUGAAGCCGACCACGAGUUUGGGCCCGUCCGCCGCAUCAUCGGCCCGGCGGGGUCGUACAUGAAGCGCAUCAUUGCCGACGCCGGGGGCAACGCCAAGGUGCGCCUGCGCGGGCGUGGCUCGGGCUACGAGUGUCGUCUCAUGGCCACGUGCUAG